AUGAGUGGUUCUGGAGGUUACUAUAAGUACCGGUGCAAAUACUGGUUGACAUACAAUUGUCCGCACUGGGUCUGGGUGAAUGGAGCCCCCUGUGCUCAUUGCCUUGCAGAUGGUCGUGAUUCAGACGUUACCACCAUGCCAGGUUCCUUUCGUAUCUCGAGAGAAGUGUACGUGCCGCAGCUCGAGAAUGGCUCCCUUCACUAUACGAUCAUGGAAAUCAUUGCUGCCAGCGAUUUUGACAGCGGAUGGGCAGUGAAAGACCUGCCAACCCAAGCCUUUCCUACGGCAACGGGACCAUCUGCUGUGAAUUUGACGGCGAUGGAAAGAGUUGACGCUCCGAGAAAUCCCAAAAGUGGAUUCCAAGCUCCAGCGGAUGGCGGAAGCUGGCCAGGGAGUGGCGUCAGCCUUGAAUGA